GACAGCUCCUGAGCUGAAGCAGAGCUGCCCCUGUUCUCUACCACCUUCUCCCCCCUCGCUGCCAGCAGCGCUCGGUCUUCCUCGCGGACCCCAAACCCACUUUCACUUCCGGGACGCGGCUUUGCGGACGGAUCGGACUAGGCCAUGGCCUUUCUUGGGAGUGCAGUUCGGCGAGUGGCGUCGGCGGUGCGGCCCCCUCUCUCACCGCUGUGCCGAACGAGCACUCGGUCCUACAGCUCAGAACACACCAAAGAGAAGAGUGUUCCCUAUGAGAAAACACUGAAGCAGGACGCUGGCGCUGCCUCGGGUCCCACCAAGCCUUUACCCAGGUCGGCCGAUGUGGUGGUGAUCGGGGGCGGCAGCCUGGGCUGCCAGACCGUCUACCACCUGGCUAAAAUGGGGAUGACCAACGUGGUCCUGCUGGAGAGAGACAGACUGACCGCCGGGACCACCUGGCACACUGCAGGCCUGCUGUGGCAGCUCCGUCCCAGUGACGUGGAGGUGGAGCUCUUGGGCCACACAAGAAACGUGGUGAGCAGAGACCUGGAGGAGGAGACGGGUCUCCACACGGGCUGGAUCCAGAACGGAGGACUCUUCAUCGCCUCCAACAAGCAGAGGCUGGACGAGUACAAACGUCUCAUGUCGCUGGGCAAAGUUUACGGCAUUGAGUCCCAUGUCCUGUCCCCGGCGGAGACCAAAGACGUUUAUCCUCUGAUGAACGUUGACGACCUGUAUGGAACGCUGUACGUACCGACAGACGGCACCAUGGACCCAGCGGGAACCUGCACCACCCUCACCAGGGCAGCCUCCGCCCGGGGAGCGACGGUGAUCGAGAACUGCCCCGUCACUGGCAUUCAAGUGCGGGCAGACGACCUCGGAGUGAAGAGGGUGAAGGCAGUGGAGACCGCUCACGGGACCAUCGAGACGCCCUGUGUGGUGAACUGUGCAGGUGUGUGGGCCACCAAACUUGGAAAAAUGGCUGGAGUCAACGUUCCUCUCGUUGCAAUGCAUCACGCAUAUGUGGUGACUGAGAGGAUUGAAGGCAUACAGAACAUGCCAAAUGUCAGAGACCACGACGCCUCGGUGUACCUGCGCCUUCAGGGCGACGCUCUGUCUGUGGGCGGCUAUGAACCCAACCCCAUCUUCUGGGACGACGUGUCCGACAAGUUCGCCUUCAGCCUGUUUGACCUGGACUGGGACGUCUUCAUGACGCAUAUCGAAGGAGCCAUCAACAGAGUUCCUGUUCUGGAGCAGACUGGCAUAAAGUCAACUGUGUGUGGACCAGAGUCUUUCACUGCAGACCAUAAGCCGCUGAUGGGGGAAGCUCCAGAGGUGCGAGGCUUCUUCCUGGGCUGUGGCUUCAACAGUGCCGGAAUGAUGCUGGGAGGAGGCUGUGGCAGGGAGCUGGCUCACUGGGUCAUACACGGCCGUCCUGAGAGAGACAUGUAUGGAUAUGACAUCAGGCGCUUUCAUAACUCGCUGACAGGCAACCAGCGCUGGAUCAGAGAGAGGAGCCACGAGUCGUAUGCUAACAACUACUCUGUGGUGUUCCCCUUUGAUGAGCCGCUGGAGCGGAACAUGAGGAAGGACCCUUCCAUCAGAGAGUUGUUAUCAAAGGUCUGCGUCUUCCAGGAGCGGCACGGCUGGGAGCGACCCGGCUGGUUUCAACAAAGAGGACCCGCUCCUCUUAAAGACUAUGAUUAUUAUGGGUGUUACGAUGUGAAGAAGAAUGAAAACUACAAAUACAACGAGCUGCUGGGCAAAGAGUACACCUUUGACUUCCCUCCACAUCACGACGUGAUUAAGGCCGAGUGCCUCUCGUGUCGACACGGCGUGGCUGUGUUCGACAUGUCCUACUUCGGGAAGUUCUAUCUCACCGGACCGGACGCCAAGAAGGCGGCCGACUGGCUGUUCACCGCCGACGUCAACAAAAAGCCAGGCUCCACUGUGUAUACCUGCAUGCUGAAUAAAAGAGGAGGGGCGGAGGCCGAUCUGACGGUGAGCAGACUGGAGCCCGGUUCCUCCAACCUUCCCCUGGCACCCGAGGUCCAAGGCGAUGCCUACUACUUGGCGAUUGGCGGCGGAGUCGCAGAGCACAACUGGAACCACAUUAGAACGGUUCUCCAGGAUCAAGGCUUCCGCUGCCAGCUGACAGACCACUCCGAGGACAUGGGAAUGAUCAGCAUCCAGGGACCAAGCAGCCGAGAAGUUUUGCAGGAGGUUUUGGACACGGAUCUCAGCAAUGAAGCGUUCCCCUUCUCAAGCCACAAAGUCGUCAAAGCAGCAGGACAUCAGGUGCGAGCGAUGCGCCUGUCCUUCGUGGGAGAGCUGGGCUGGGAGCUGCACAUUCCCCGAGACGCCUGCCUCCCCGUCUACAAUGCCGUCAUGGCCGCUGGCGCCAAACACGGCAUCAUCAACUCCGGCUACAGAGCCAUCGACUCCCUCAGUAUAGAGAAAGGGUACAGGCAUUGGCACGCUGACCUUCGCCCUGAUGACACCCCACUGGAGGCGGGGCUGGCUUUCACCUGCAAACUGAAUUCGAUCCCGUUCCAGGGCCGCGAGACGCUGGAAAAACAGAAGGAGGAGGGCCUGAAGAGGCGCAUCGUCUGCUUCACCAUCGAUGAAAAAGUGCCCAUGUUUGGCCUGGAGGCUAUUUUCCGUAACGGGGUUCCUGUUGGUCACCUGCGCCGAUCUGACUACGGCUUUAUUGAUAAAACUAUCGGUUAUGAUGGCUUCAUCCGCAACCCCAUUGGAGGAGUGGUCAGCGCCGAUUUCAUAAAGAGCGGCGAGUUUACCUUGGAAAGGAUGGGAGUCACAUACAAGGCCAGAGCCCACCUCAAAUCUCCGUUCGACCCUGAGAACAAACGUGUGAAGGGCAUCUACGCUUGAGGAGGACCACCAGUGUAAAAAAACAAAAAAGAAA